AUGGAUGUUAAAAGCACUUUAUUAAAUGGAUUUAUUGAAGAAGUUUUUGUGAAACAACCACCAGGUUUUGAAAAUCCUGAAUACCUCUAUCAUGUGUUCAAACUAACUAAGGCUUACAUGUCCUUAAACGAGCUCCUAGAGCUUGAUGAUAUUAUUUUUGGAAGUUCUAACCCUUCUUUGUGUAAGGAAUUCUCUGAUCUCAUGCAAAGUGAAUUCAAAAUGAGUAUGAUGGACGAACUAACAUUUUUCUUGGGACUUCAAAUUCGUCAAUGUGACAAAGGAAUAUUCAUUUGUCAAAGUAAGUAUACAAGGGAGCUUAUUCACAAAUUUGGUUUAAGUGAUGCCAAAGCUAUGAAAACUCCUAUGAGUCCCACAUGUUCCAUUGACAAAGAUGAUAUAGGUAAAGCUGUUGAUGAAACUAAGUAUAGAGGAAUGAUAGGCUCCUUACAAUAUCUUACUGCUAGUCGACCGGACAUUAUGUUUAGCGUGUGCUAA